AAAGAGUCCCAAAGCAAAGGCUGGGAUGAAAGUUGGCAAUAUCUGCCAGCUCCAAUGACAACGAACGGUCAAAAAAUAUUCGAUCCACCAAUUCCCGAAUGUGAAGGUGCUCGAUGGGUUCAGUUGGACUACGUGGCCACCAAUCAGAAGAAUCGAAAAUGCUCUGACUGCUACGAUUUCUGCUUGCCUGACUACGGUAUUGAGAGAGAUGUGGUGCGGGGUGAAGAAUUUCUGAAUAUUGCCAAACGAGUUUGUUUCUAUCUAUUCGUCCCAGAAUGGAGGACCUACGCUCAGGCUAAUACCAUUGAGCAGAAUCAACGCGAUUUCGAGACAUACUACCGUAAUCGUAAUCAUUUGGCGACAGCCUAUGGCGGCAGGAAUGGUGGCGACACAAAGUGGAUCCAACUUCAGACUGCCUCGUGA